AUGGGACAAACGCCGAGUACAACAAAUUUGGUAAAAAAUGCAGGUCCCCCUGCAAGUAAACCUAGUGAAUUAUAUCUAGCGUGUCGUAAUGGUGGUGUCGGAAAAGUUCAACAACUAGUAGCACAAUUGAAAACAGCUGAUAUCAAUCGUCUAGAGCCAAAUGGAAGCACUUCAUUGCAUACUGCAUCUUUCUAUGGCCAUAAAUCUAUUGUCAAAAUGUUACUUCAGAACGGGGCAAACCCCUGGAUAAGGAACAAAUAUGAAAUGACACCAUAUGAAGAAGCAGCAAACGAUGAGAUUCGCUCAUUAUUUUUUCGUCCAACAGGAACAGAUACAAAUCGUUUUGUCGAUGAUGGUACGGAUAAUAUAUGUUUAGAAUUUAUGUCCGAAAAGAAAAUCGAACAAACCAUUAAUAGUGUACCUAAUGAUGUUAAACUUAUUGUACGUGCGCAAAUUUUUAAAUAUUAUCUUACAAGUUUACAAAGAUCAAACGAUUGCGCUCGUGAAUUACAACGAAUAUUAAAAGACAGUGUUCCAUCGAGUGAUCCUAAUUUUGAAGAAGCGCGUUCUCUGUUUGAUGAAUAUAGUUCAUUGGAUCAAAUAGAAUCUCUCAUUCGUCUGUAUACACUUGAAACUAAAUUUUAUGGUGCUUUACGUUCGAAUGUUGAAGUAUUUGCUGUUGAAAUGUAUUCAAAAUUACAGACUUUUAAGGAUCGAUCUUUCAAAGGUCAAUCUUAUAGUGGUUUAACUAUGGCAACGAAAGACAUUGAUGAAUAUAAAUGGGCUAUUCACAAUCCAGGAACAUUGAUUGAAAUAAAAACAUUAACUUCAACAUCUGUUGAUCCCAAAAAGGCUUAUCACUUUGCACGUAGUAAGAAAACGGACAAUCUUAAACCCCAUAGAGUACUCUGUGAAUGCCAUUUCGAUCAUCCCUGCAGUACAGCUAUUGAUCUUCGACGUGACACUAAUAGAAAUUUACCGUGUUGGUCUGCUUAUGAAGAUGAAGCUGAAGUACUUGUUCUACCGGGUACUCUAUUUGAAGUAUGUGACGUUCAGAGAGAAGCAGAUACUGAUCGAUAUACGAUUAUUUUACGCAAUAUACAUGUACCAUUAUAA